AAGCGCCCCCACUCCUAGUUCUGGCAUCCAACCCGUGCUCCAAGACCUGCUCUGCUUCCCAGCUCUGAUACUGUUUGCUGAGCAGUGUGAGUCCAGAUGACCUUGGGGUGCCCAGCCUGGAAGCCUCCGAGCUCUUAUAGCCCAAUGUCUACCAUAAACUGAGCUGUUCUCGGGAUUUGAUGGCCCCGCCCAGAACUCUGGGGGUGUAGGGACUGGCUGGGGCAGGUUCCCGGAGGUGCCUAAAAGUUUCCAAACCUUGAUUGCUGCCCAGAGGAGUCAGAUCAUCUGAAGAGAAUCCCAGAAUUCAGAGGGACUGCAGUAACUCCUGCAGCUCCAGAGAAGGACGCUGAAGAUUCUCACCUGUGGCGACCACUUCCUUCCCCAGCUCAACAGGACCCCCACCAUCCCUCUCACUUUCAGCCAUGAAGUCCUUUUCUGUCAUGUUCCUUAUAGCCAUCAUCAUGACCAGGCCACUUGCCCAAGCCCUGAAUUGCCAUGUCUGUACAGCCAUGGAUGAUGACUGCUCGAAGCCAAUGCGGUGUCCAGAACUAGCCACCUACUGCAAGACCAUUCGGACCUAUUCUCCAACUACGAUCUACAAAUCCUGUGUGAGCGUCUGUACCAAAGAUAGUAUGGAGGAAAUCCACAUAAACCAAAAUGCCAAGGUAUCCUGUUGCCAGUCGGACCUGUGUAAUGGGGCUGCUUCCUGGACUCCUGGUUCCUCAGGCUUAGUCUUCGCAGGACUCCUCAGCAUCUUCUGGGGCCUGUUUGCACUUGGCCUUUGAGCUAUGACCAGCAGAGAAUGACAGAUAAACAAGCUUCCUUCACCUCCUUUGGACUUAUAACACAGCCUGGCUCCCAGGUGAGAGAGGCAAACUGUGCUCCUUUCCUCCCUCCAUCACUAGGCCCUGCACAGAGCACUGAGCCCCUUCCAGUCCUCCCACCAUCACUUACCACCCCACCCCUGGCAUGUCUCUAUCUGGGCCCUGAUUUUCCUGUCGGUAGACUAGACUUGGCCACCUUCCUGAAUCCUGUGGCCAAGGAUAGAGGAUGCCUCUUUUUGAUAAGAUUCCUAGUUAGAAGGGGAUCACAAAAUUCCAGAAUUAGAAGGGAUUCCAUGUACCCUUCAUUUGUGCAGCAAUCCCUUCUCCAAUAUCCCUGACAAGUUCUCAUUCAGCUUCUGUUUGAAGAACGCCAGUGAUGGGGCACUCACUACUUGUCCAGGCAUCCCAUUCCAUUUUUCAGAGACCUCUAAUGGAUAAGGAACUUUUCCUUACAUUUAGCCCAAAUCUCCCUCUCUCUAAUUUCUAGACCUAAUUCUUAGUUUUGCUCUCUAAGACCAAGUUGACCAACUCCUAUCUUCCACAUGACUGGCCUCCACCUAUCAUUCCCCUUCUCUCUCCACCCCUGUAAAUCUUCUCUUUUACAAGCUACAUACCCCCAGUCUCUUUGUCCCAUCUUUGCAUGACGGGGGACCUCCCAGAGCAUCCUUUUUUGGCCCUGCCUCAUUUUACAGAGGAGGACACUGAGGCCCUGGAGAAAGGAAACUCCUUGUUUGUUUGAUACAGGUAAGAAAGGGACAAAAAUAAGAUUUGAACCCAGUUUCUUCCAUUGUAGGAUUCUUUUCUCUUCAUCUGAGUUUGUUCUUUUCUGUGGAAGAAGUCCCAGUUGUUGGUCAUCUUCUAGGGUGCCAUCCAGCAUUCUGGUUACUAGGAGGUUUCAGGAAUAGCCUAGAGAAGGCCAGAGGCCAAAGGGGAAUUAGAAGAAAAAUCUCUUGACUCCCUCUUACCCACUCUGGAGGGGAUGGAAGGACUUUGUUCCUUAUUGGAUGGCUGUUUUCUCAAGGGCAGAAUAGAACUCCAAUGGCUGCUCUUGGACUGGCUCUGCUCCAACAGCCUCAAAUGCUCAAAGCUCUGCCACAAGUCACCCCAGGCUCUUUCUGCAAGAGGGAAGGCUAGAAGGAAGGAUGCCAGAUGGGUGUUGGCCAGGCUCUGGAAGAUCCUUGGAGGCCUUGGCAGGUCUUUUAGCUGCCUCCCACAAGCAUGGGCUGGAAAAAAAGCAUGGCCUCUGCCCCCAAGGAAUCUCUCCCCUCCUCCCUCCAGUGUAAGGGAAUAAACAUGACACAUUAUCCCAGUUGCCUCUUCCAAGGGAGAGCCUAAGAUGAUAGGAAGAUGAGGUUGCUAAAGUAAUCCAGACAAGCCUACCACAGAUCCAAGGGUCCCCCCUUCCCCUGGGGAAGUAGGUUGUCCUUUUCAUCAUCCAUUCUCUAGAGGCAUAGAUACCUUAAUUUUUUUUUAUAUCUGAGGAAACUGAGGCUCAAAGCAGGGAAGAAGCUUGCCCAAGUUCACACAUAGCUAAAUGGUAGAUAAUGAGUAGUAGAUCAUAGAUUGAAAUCUAGUUGGUACCGUGGGUAGAGUGCUAGAUCUGGAUUCAGGAGGACCCAAGUUUGAAUCCUGACUCAGAUACUAAUUGUAUUACCUUGGGCAAGUCAUUUCCCCUCUGUCUGCCUUGGUUUAUUCAUCUAUAAAAUGGGAAUAAUAAUAGCACUUACCUCCCAGGACUGUUUUUUUUUAACCUUUACUUUCUGUUUUGAUAACAAUUCUAAGACAGAGGGUCAAGGACUAGGCAAACAGGAUUACCUGGAGCUACUUCCAGGAAUGGGGAGAUCACUAUCAAUUAGUCAUAAAACCAUCUAGUAUAUUGAUUGCCAUUAACCUCUAGUCUCCCUGGUCCCAGUCCAAAGGGCUCCUUCUCCCUUUGGAAUUCUCCAAAACUCCCGUUGAAUAUGAUGAAUAUGAUGAAUAUGAUAAUAUUAAAAUAAUAACUCAUUUGUUUGAGAGGCAACAAGGUGGAAUGGAAAGAAUAAUGAAGGGGUGGGACAGAUACCUGGGUCCGAAGACUGGCUCCUUUAUUUGUGAGCUGCGUAGCUUUGGACAAGGCAUUUCCUAUCUCUGAGUCUCCAUUUUCUCAUCUGUGAAACUGUCUUAUUACUUCUCAUAGUCAAUCAACAAGUGUUUUUUAAGGAUUCACUAUGUGCCAGACAAGGUGCUAAAUUACCUAAGGAAAGAAAGGUGAAAUCUCAAUUCCUGCACUUAAGAAGCUAACAUUCCCCCAGGGCUCAUGUAAAUAUAAUGCUAGAAAUAGGUAGAAAUGUGUGAAUUAUUAAAUGUAUGAUAUUUUAAAGCUUGGAGAAAAAAAAAACACCUUUCUUCGAAGCACCAGGUUUAUGAAGAAUUGGACCCAUUUUACAAAUAAGGAAAUUAAGUCCAGAGAAGUUAAAAGCUAAUCUGAGCUAGUAAACAAAGGAAUCAAUUAUGGAACCCAGGUUUCCAGACUAUUACUCUCCACUAUGUCUGCUUGGAGGUGGGAGAUGGGGAAUUCAGUCUGGGUAUCAGGGGAAAAACCAGAAAACCUGGGAUGGGAGCAAAAAAGGACCCAGGAGGAGAAGUAUCCAAAUGGAGAGCUGUGGACAUUGUCAACCCAGAAAAAGAGUAGAAAUGUAAAUGUCAGAAAUUGCCAAACCAGGUCCACUUGACUCAGUAGAUCAAGCUCAGAGGGCCAAGGAAAUGGGUCAUGAAUACGCGGGUGCUCUGGGGUGUCCUCACUUCCCUGAUCAUUUGCUGGCAGCCACAUUGCCCCUUUUCUGACUAUCCUUCUCCUGAUGAACCUCUUUGACCAUGACUAGUAUUCAGAAUAAUGGCUUCUAUAAUGACAGGAUAAAAUAUAAACUCCCGAUGCCAGUCAGAGCCCACCUCUCAGCCCACUCCCAUCUACCUACUCUGCUACAUUUCAUUCUACUUCUCUUUCCUCACUCUGGGUUCCAACAAAGCUGGGCAACUCUUCAUCCCUUGCUCUUGACCUGACCAUCCUCACCAAUAUGCAUCUCUCCAUUGCUUUCACCCACAUCCCAUGUGCAGCUAUUAAAGUUUCUUUUCUUUCACCUUUCAUGGCCCAACUCAGGUGCCAUCUCUUCCCUGAAGCCUUCCCUGAUCUUCCACCUUUCAUGGCCCAACUCAGGUGCCAUCUCUUCCCUGAAGCCUUCUGUGAUCUUCCAUCUAGGCCACAUGUUGUCCCUGAUGGUCUGCCUUCUUCCCUUCUCUCUCCAUACUCUAACACACAAAUGGAAAAGAAUGGUGGACUAGUGUCACAGAAAGACUCAAAUUAAAAGGUGGCACAGUAAUUUCUCUCCUGAUUCACUAAGGUGGGAAAUACCAAACUGAGUGCCAGCUUGUACAAACUCAGUCUAUCUCCUGGACUUUUGUUUCACCCAUCCCUGUCCCAAACUGGAGCUCAGGUGGUCUUUGUAGAUCUUACUACAUUAAAAAAAAUAUAUUAUAAAGCUAGACAAAUUUGAGCUAUUUUGUAUUUGGAUAAAUUUAAAUGUGUGUGUGUGUGUAGGAGAUUUCUUGGGGAGAUCAGUGACUACCUAUCCAUAAUUUAAAGCCCAAUUUAACUGCUACUUCCUCCCAGAAGGCUCCUUAUCUCUUUGGUUGGUUCCUAUCUCUUCCAGAACCCACUGAACAAUUUUUGUACACCUUAUAGACCAUUGACAUAGACGUAAGAGUAUGUCCUAUUUGAGUAUUCUCACUGGCCUCAGGAGAAGGUGAAGAACCAUUGGGAAGAUUCCCCUAGGCAUGAUGGUACAUUCAGCUCAUCCAUGAGGACAGGCUCUCUGUUUUGCAGUAUUGUGCAUCAGGUGGGACACCUGGCUUUGGUGUCAGAAGACUUGGCUGGCAUUCUGGCUGCUAUGUUUGUUGGCUUUCUGAUUCCUCAUUUUCAUCUUGUUCUUCUUUGCCUCAAUAUCCCCAUCUGUAAAAUGGGGAUAAUGACCCUGGCACUGCCUACCUCACAGAGCUAUUGUAAGAAGCAAAUAAAAUAUAAAGCAAGUGUUUUGUAAACCUUAAUGCUUAUAUAUAAAUGUAAGCUAUUAUCUAAAGUUUGUAUUACUCUGAAAACCUGUGAUAUAUACAUAUAUAGUGUUCUUCAUAACAGGAGGUGAUGAAUAAAUGCUGGCUGAAUUUAAAGGAAAA